UACUCCUCCUCACUAGAUAAUCACCUCCCUUCUGUUCAUUAAUGAGUCAAUAAAAUAUUAAAAUAAUGUUUACUCAACGACUGAUUUUCGCCUUCGUCUUCAUUUCUCUCUCUACAGCAGAUCCGUCACACUUUUUAAGCUCAACUCAAACCCCACGCGGCAGCAAUGCAACGCCUGAGCUUCGUAAUUACGUUUCUACCCCUGGCGGCGGCGGCGCUGCUAGCAUGCAUUGAGGCGUCGGUUCACGAGUACAACGGAGAGAAGUUCGCCGCGCAAGGCAAUGCGUUCGUCUUCCACGGUGGAAGCGAGGGAAUUUACUCUUCUGCCCCUGGACUCAACGAGUCCUCCCCCGCAGACUCUUUUAUUCGGUUCGAAAAGGUUGUAUUCCGAAGGCCGUCAGAGUUUUCGAAUUUCAGCUCAGGAUCAGUUCAUGUGAUUGUAUUCGAGGUGGACGAUAGGGAGACGAUAGGGGGAUCUGCGUACGGGGGUCAAAGAGCUGUGUGCUGCUCUGCAGAUCUUGCGAAACUCGGUGUUUGCAAGCAAGGUGAAAUCAUUCACCGCCCGUCGACUAAUAAUCCGGGCUGGCCACAAGUAUUUGGCGCCUCAUUCGACGCUGAUAAGACAGAGACUACUCUGUAUCCAAGGUCGAUACAAAUCACGAAAACGGGAAUGUACAACCUGUAUUUCAUUCACUGCGAUCCACAGCUUAAAGAUGCUGUCGUUGUUAAUGGGAAGACUGUGUGGAAAAACCCGACUGGUUACCUACCUGGUCGAAUGGCGCCUCUUAUGAAGUUCUAUUUGUUUAUGUCUCUUGCAUUUGUGGUGCUCGGGUUUUUCUGGUUCUCGCAGUACGCGAGAUUCUGGAGAGAAGUUCUUCCGUUGCAGAACUCUAUUACACUUGUGAUCACUUUGGGUAUGUUAGAGAUGGCAUUGUGGUACUAUGAUUACGCUGAGUUCAAUGAAACGGGUAUAAGACCAACUGGGAUCACUGUCUGGGCAGUUACUUUCGGAUCUGUGAAACGGACUGUAUCGAGAUUGAUUAUUCUAAUUGUCUCGAUGGGUUAUGGUGUAGUUAGACCUACUCUAGGGGGGCUUACGUCAAAGGUUCUUCUACUUGGAGGGACUUUCUUUGUUGCAACGGAAGUGCUUGAGCUGAUUGAAAACGUUGGUGCUGUGAGUGAUCAAUCGGGAAAGGCAAGACUGUUUUUCGUCCUGCCUGUGGCGAUUUUGGAUGCUUUCUUCAUAAUAUGGAUAUUUACUUCCCUUUCUUCAACUUUAAAUAAGCUUCAGGCUCGGAGGAUGACUGCCAAAUUAGAUAUUUACAGGAAAUUCACAAAUGCGUUGGCAGUUGCAGUUAUAUUGUCCGUCGGCUGGAUUUGUUAUGAGCUUAAUUUCAAGUCGAAUGAUGUAUACAACGAGCAAUGGCAGAAGGCAUGGAUAAUCCCUGCAUUCUGGCAAGUGUUGUCUUUCUCGGUCCUGUGCAUCAUCUGCGCUCUUUGGGCGCCUUCGCAGAACUCAACGCGGUAUGCUUACUCUUCCGAGGAUGUCGGUGAGGAGUUUGACAAGGACGACACUCUCACACUCAUAAAACCGUCCUCCAAGAAUGUAAGAACACCCGAACUCAGAUUAGCCGAGAGCAACGAUCUUUUAUUAUCCGAUGUUAAUCUUGAUCAAGAAGAAAAAACUGCAUAAAUUUUACAUAUAUAUCUAUAUAUAUAUAUAUAUAUAUACAGGUGUGUGCAACUCUGGUUCAUUAGGAGAGAGAGUUCUUGAGUUGGUAUCAGUAAUCUUGUAGAAAAUAUUAUAUGUUUAUGUUAAAUGUGAUUAGCAUAAUAUGCAAAUAGUAUAA